UUGCGUAAACAACCAGCCUAUUUGCUUCACUAUUUGCCCCGAGGCCUGGACUUCUAGAGUUCUUUCACUCCUCCUCUGUCCUCACAGAAUUUGGUUCACAUGCAUGUGCACGAGUUUGCAUUAAUAGGCUUGAUACUUAAUUUACUUCUUCUUUUCCUUCUCUUAAUUAACGUUGCAGAUGCACAAAUCAUUGUGAAGUCUCUGCCAGGUUACCCAGGAGCACUACCUUUCAAACUUGAAACUGGAUACGUUGGGGUGGGAGAAAAUGAUAGCGUGCAGCUGUUCUACUACUUCAUCGAGUCGGAGAGAGAUGUCAGCAUGGACCCUCUCGUGCUUUGGCUCACCGGUGGCCCCGGUUGUUCUGCAUUUUCCGGUCUUGUUUACGAAAUCGGUCCUUUGUCCUUUGAUGAUGAACGUUACAAUGGAAGCUUGCCUUCAUUGCAUGCAAAUCCCUAUGCAUGGACAAAGAUUGCCAGCAUUAUCCUUUUGGACUUGCCUGUUGGUACCGGAUUCUCGUAUGCAACUACUUCUCAAGGUUACUUCUCCUCCGACACUAAAUCAACAAAGGAUGCUUACCUUUUCCUGCAAAAGUGGCUGUUAAAUCACCCCAGAUUCAUGAAGAAUCGCCUCUACAUUGCUGGUGACUCCUACGCAGGGAAAAUUGUUCCAAUGGUUGUUUUAGAAAUAUCAAAUGGUGGUAAUGAGGCUGGAUUGAAGCCACGGAUGUCAGUCGAGGGAUACAUGGUUGGCAACCCAAUAACGGAUUCUAGGAAGGAUGAGAACUGGAAAGUCCCUUACGCUCAUCGUCUGGGACUUAUAUCAGAUGAGUAUUACGAGCGGGCUAAAAGUAGCUGUAAUGGGGAAUACAUCAAUCCAAGCCCAAAUAAUACAGAAUGCUUGUUUGCUCUUCACCUCAUUCAAGAGGUAGGGGUUGCAAGUGUGUUCGACUAUCACCAGGUUCUUAGUAGGAAAGGAUAUCAGGCAUUAAUAUACAGUGGUGAUCAUGAUAUGGUGGUCCCUUACCUUGGAACACUUCAAUGGAUACGUGAUCUCAAUCUAACUGUUGAGGAUGAUUGGCGACCUUGGUUUGUCAAUGGUCAAAUUGCAGGCUACACACUGAAUUACCAAUUCAAAGAAGAUGUAUGCUGUUUCACAUUUGCAACAGUAAAGGGUGCAGGUCACACUGCUCCAGAAUACAAACCAAAAGAAUGUUUUGCCAUGAUUGACCGGUGGUUCACUAAUUAUCCCUUAUAGAUCGAGAUAAAAAAAAAAAAAAAGUUUCUAGAGUUUGUAGGACUUACAAUCACAUUUAUGUAUUUUGUCCCAUUCACCUUAAGACUUGAUGUUGUAUCAAGCGUUUAAGUUGAGAUAUCAAUAUUUGUGA